UCCAUGUUUAGUUAUGUGCUAACGUGGAAUUCUUGCAAUUAUGUGCGUGUCGUAUUAAAUAUGUAACUGGACCACCUAAUUCACACUCACUCGGAUUCAGUCAUAUAUUUCUAGCUAUCACCUUUGGUCCUACCUUCUUUUGGCCAUAGUCCUUUCAUGCCGGCCAAAUAAUCAAUUUCUUACACUUUAUUUCCCCAUUAUAAAUAAUCUCAACCUAUGGAAACUUAAUUAAUUCCACACCAUAUUAUUAUUCUUUCACAUAGUUCACUAAUUAUCAGCACAUGGCUAAACGCUUCAAGAUGAAAUUUACAAUCCCUUCAUUUCAAAUGUGUCGCUCAGAUGACAUUUCCUCUUUACCUGGAAACCCCGUUCCCGCAAUUUACCGUCUAUCUCCGGUAAACCCCAAAACACACGACACAGAGUACCCAAACCUCUCAGCUUCAUCACCGGAACACCAAUGCCACGUGUCAUCAAAUAUCAAAAAAUUUAAAUCCAACGGUCGAAAAAGUACUUCCAACGUUCUCUCGAAAAAGAGUGAGUUCCUUAUUGAUAAAAUCAACGAAGAAGAAAGUGAAACCCUAAUUUCUUGUUUAACAAGAUUUUCUGAGGACGAAUCUACGAUCAACAAUAAAACGGAAAACAGAGAUUUAAUUAGUGGAAAUAUAACGCAGAUUAGUAGUGUAAAGAAGGUUGAGAGAGUGAGGUUUCAUAGUACUAUGGAGAAUCGAAGAGGAAAAGAAACGAAGGGUGUGAAAAGUAGUAUGGAGGAGAAGGUGAAGGAGAGUUUUGCGGUGGUGAAAAAGUCGAAGGAUCCUUACGAAGACUUCAAGAAAUCAAUGGUGGAGAUGAUAGCUGAGAUGGAGAUAUACGAGACUGAGGAUUUGGAGCAACUAUUGCAGUGUUUUUUGGCUCUGAAUUGUAGGAAUUAUCAUGGAGUAAUUGUACGAGCUUUUAUGGAGAUUUGGAAGCAAAUGUUCGUUUGGAAUCCCAAGUCGCUUAAAAAUGUUCAAUUAGAUUUUCAAACCACGGAUGUAGAAAAGUAGAUUAUAACAAAUCUCUCGUCUAAGUGUUUUUUUUUUCCUUUUGAUAUCUUGUGUGUAUUGAAUUUGAGUAUGCAAUAUUAGUAUAUUGGACUGUUUCUUAUGGUUUUGUAGUCGGAUAUUACUUUUAUGUAUAAAAUAUAUAUAAAUAUUGUCGCAGGGAUAGUGUUCUUUGUA